GGGGACCUGGGGAAGGCGGUCCAGCGCGGCCACGGCUCCUCCCCGGCCGGGGCGGGACCAAGAACGCAGCCAGUCACUCCCGCGCCUUCCUCGUCGCGGCAGCGCGGGGCAGCCAUGCCCGCCCGUCUGCUGCGGGACCUGUGGCAGCGGUGGCGCCGUUACAAGUACCGCUUCGUACCCUGGAUCGCCCUGAACCUUAGCCAUAACCCCAGGACCCUCCGUUAUGUUCCAGAAGAAUCCAAAGACAAAAUUUUACCAGAUGAAGAGGUCCUAGGACCAUUACUGAAACUUUUCCGGGCUCUAUUCUUAAAUGAUUUCGAUAGACAUUCAGAUAUCUUGGCUGUGCUUCCAGAACCUGUUAAAAAGAAAUAUCAAGAUCUACUGGCCGUUCAGCAGCAAAGAGUGAAACUACUUGAUAACAGACUUCGACAGCAACAACAGCAACGUAUUUUUAAACCAGAGGAAGUUCUUUAUAAGACAUUGGGUUUCAGUAUUGCCAGAGCAACUAGUUCAUUGAUUUCUGCUGGAAAAGGUGUCUUCGUUACUAAAGGAUUUGUACCAAAAGGCACUGUUGUGUCUAUGUAUCCUGGUACAGUUUAUCAGAACUAUGAGCCAGUCUUUUUCCAGUCCAUUGGAAAUCCAUUUAUUUUUAGAUGCCUGGAUGGAGUACUCGUUGAUGGAAAUGACAAAGGAAUAUCAAAAGUAGUGUACAGAUCUUGCAAUGGCAGGGACCGACUUGGUCCUUUAAAAAUGAGUGACAGUACAUGGCUGACUUCAGAAAUGUCCAAUCCACUGGCCAUUGGACAGUAUGUUAACAAUUGUUCAAAUGACAAAGCAGCUAAUGUCUGUUAUCAGGAAUUUGAUGUGCCUGCAGUUUUUCCUGUGGAACUGAUGCAGUAUCUUCCAAACGUUGCCUAUAGCUCCAACAAACAAAGCCCACUUCGAUGUGUUGUUCUUGUUGCUCUCAGGGACAUAAAGCAAGGAGAAGAGCUCUUUUCAAAUUACUACACAAUUGUCAGCUAA